GUGUUUUCUCCCUACCUCUAGCCCUGCGUCCACACACGUGUACCACUCUGUCGUGACUCCCAACUUGAACUCGUGGCUCUCUUCAGUACUGUUAACGCUCGGACACAUCAUGCAUAAGACUCCAGGUAUAUCGGACCGUUCCCUCCAUUUGGUCAAGCUCAUGCUCAGCGUCUCCCAGAUCUGAACAUGGCGAUGUCCUUCAAGGACGCUCUCUCGAGACUGGAGAACAGUCGCGUCAAGUCGACACGUCCACUCAUUCCACCUCAAAUCUUGCAAGAGGAUCUGCCACUGCACGUUCCAUCCACACCGAUGGUACUAUCAUUGAACGCACAUUAGGACGCUACUGGCUGCGCACACUGUGCUUCAGGGCCGUUUGGAAAUCGAAAACAUCCUGAAAGGAGACGACGAUCGACUGUUGGUGGUGGUUGGACCGUGCUCGGUGCACAAUCCCGGAGCUGCGAUGGAGUACGCCAAGCUGCUAAAGGAGUACGCGGAUUCCGCCAAAGAGGACCUGGUAAUCGUCAUGCGUGUAUAUUUUGAGAAGCCUAGGACCACCGUCGGGUGGAAGGGUCUCAUCAACGAUCCCGACCUUAACGGCAGCUUCCAAAUCAACAAAGGUCUCCGCAUAGCCCGCACUCUGUUACUCGAUAUCGCCAAGCUCGGUCUUCCUGCUGGGUGUGAGUUCCUGGACACUAUCUCGCCUCAGUACACUGCCGAUCUCGUGUCAUGGGGCGCCAUCGGUGCUCGGACAACCGAGUCGCAGGUGCACCGCGAGCUGACAUCGGCACUGUCCAUGCCUACCGGGUUCAAAAACUCCACCGACGGGAGCGUGGGGAUCGCAAUUGAUGCAUGUCGCGCAGCGAAAUCGGGACAUGUCUUCCUCAGUGUCGGCAAAGAAGGAUUGAGUUCGAUCAUUGAGACGGAGGGGAAUCCUUUUGUCCAUGUCAUACUGCGAGGUGGGGCAUCCGGUCCGAAUUACCAAAGUGAUUUCGUCCGGGAUGCUGGCCAAAAACUACAAAAAGGGGGCGUUGUGCAAAAGAUCAUGAUUGACUGCAGCCACGGCAAUAGCUCUAAGCAGCAUCAGAAACAAGUGGAAGUAGCAGAUGAUAUCGCUCGUCAGCUGGAGGCCGGAGACACCGGCUCUCUGAUCAUGGGUGUCAUGGUUGAAUCGAAUCUUGUCGAAGGACGGCAGGAUAUCCCUACCAAUGGGGUCGGUAGCCUGCGGUACGGCCAAUCGGUGACUGACGCGUGCAUCUCCUGGGAGACCACGGUCCCUCUUUUGGAAAGGCUUCGUGAAGGUGUGCGCGGACGUCGCGCUUCGUCUAGACAGAACACAUCAGCCUGAUUUGUAUUGAAAAUGAACGAACAGCGAUGCAUAACGGUGCAGUCCGAUCGCUUUCGGGCUGACAUACUUGUCCGUCUCCGAGCUGGAUUUCAUGGAGCGAUCGAGCCCAACUGUCCCGAACGGACCAGAGGAUGAGACGCGAGGCCAAUGACAUGAUAAGACCAAGGUUAAAGCAGCCGGUGCCGAGAGAGUGACACGAAAAUCGGGGUUUCGUGGAGAAUUUUGUCAUACAGAUUACGACAUAAUUCGUUUUAUUCCAGCAAUCAAAAAUGACUCUCCUGAGGCAUCUCAAGUGCGUCC